AUGUCUGCGGCGCUUCUCCGGCAGGCUCUCCAGGCCGACCUCAGCACCACCGCAGCAACGGCCCUUCUUCUCGGCGUGCUUUUCCACCACAGCAUCCGCCCCAUCGAAAUCGACUUCAAACUGUGGACCCUGUUCGGCAUCUCCAUCGCCCUCAAUCUGGUCCUCUUCGGCAGCCUCGUCUCGCAGGCAGGGUUUGGCGUCACCGCAGCAGUCGGUAAGACUGCUCUCGUCAAUGCCGCGUUCAACGUGGGUCUUUUUGGCAGCAUUGCCAUCUAUCGACUGUAUUUCCAUCGCCUGCACUGCUUCCCGGGUCCAUGGGGGGCCAAACUGUCCCGACUCUGGGCGUUGAGAGUGGCGGCCAAGAAUGUUCGAUUCGCCUUUGAGGUUGAGAAGUUGCACAAGCAGUAUGGCGACUUUGUGCGCAUCGGGCCUCGUGAAAUUUCCAUCAACAGAGCCUCUGCUAUUCAGGCCAUCUAUGGCCCUAGGUCCAAACUUCUUAAAAGCACGUUCUACAGCCAAGUGUCGCCCGACGACAGGAGGUGCGGUCUCAACGCGACUCGAAAUAUGGACAGCCACCGACGGAGAAGAAAAGCGUGGGAUCGAGCGUUCAGUACCAAAGGUGAACUUGAAGCUGGACGACCCAAGACCCAAGACUGUGACACUGCUAACUGUUUGUUCCUUUCGCAAAUCGCCGCUCAAAAAGGUCAACCAUUGGACAUCACCAAGUGGGCGAUGUACUACACCUUCGAUGUCAUGGGGGAUGUUGGUUUGGGCAAAGACUUCGAGAUGCUGACACAAGAGACCGAACAUGCCGCAGUCAAGGGUCUCCAUGACCACAUGAUCGCCAUCGGCAUCCUUGCGACCAUGCCAUGGCUUGUGAACGUCCUCGGGACGAUUCCAGGCGUUGCCGGAUCUUACAAGGCGUUCUUCGACUAUUGUUCGAACCAGCUGAGGGAGAAGCAGAAGACGACGUCCAAAGACCAGGACCCUCGAGAUAUCAUAUCGUGGCUGCUAAAAGCCAAGUACGAAGGUGACGGGUCUGCUCCCCCUGGUGAUGCUGCAAUGGGCGAGGACUCACGUCUCCUCAUCGUCGCUGGCAGCGACACCACUGCCGCCGCCUUGGCCAACACCUUCUACUUCCUGGCCAAAAAUCCCCCCGUCUUGCGCAAGCUGCAGGGCUAUCUCGACAAGCUCUGUCCCAAUGGCGUGAGAGACUGGUCUUACGCCAAGAUGAAGUUCCCGUACCUGGAUCACAUCAUCAACGAAACGCUCCGUCUGAAGCCUCCAGUCCCUUCGGGGCUGCCUCGCAUCACUCCCCCGGAGGGAAUUCAAAUCGACGAAGUCUACAUCCCAGGGGACACCAUUGUUGCAGUGCCCACGCACACGAUCCAGCGUGAUGAGCGAUAUUACGAACGGCCCCUCGACUUCGAUCCCGAGCGUUGGGAAAGAAUCUCCCCGGAGAAGUCGGCGUUCAUACCGUUUACGAGAGGCACGUUUGCAUGCGCCGGCAAGAACCUCGCGCUCAUGGAACUGCGCAUGGUCUUGUCCCGGGUCGCUUUGGAGUACGACGUCAGCUUCGCACCGGGAGAGAACGGGGUGAAGUUCGAUACCGAGGUGAUGGACACCUACACGGUGACCCUGCCGCCUCUGCACCUUUGUUUCACCCCGAGGAAGGAAUAA